AUGCAACAGGUAUGCCACACUUUUGGUAUAACACAGUCGCUGUCACCUGUUUACCACCCUCAGGCGAACCCAGUCGAAAGGAAGAACCGGGAUUUAAAGCCCCAGCUCGCCAUCCUGGUAGGUAAAGACCACACCACCUGGGAUAUCCAUCUACCAACGGUGCGAUUCGCCAUGAAUUCUGCCGUGACCAGCAGCACUGGCCACUCUCCCGCUUUUCUCACGUUCGGCCGAGAGAUACGUGCACCAGCCGACGUGAUCGCAGACAUGCGCACUAUUGUGGAGAGUGAGAAUGUAACUACCUGCCUUACCUCCUACCUUCGACGGAUGUCGACAGUGCUCUUUGAAGCCAGGGAAGUUCAUGAAAAGGUUCAGGCCAACCAGAAACGUUUUGCUGACGAAGGUCGUCGUCCAGCGCCAGAUUAUUCCGCCGGGGACCUUGUUCUUCUGAAGACCCAGGGGAGCAACGAUACGACCCGCGGUCAGACGCCUAAGUUUAUACCGCGACGAGACGGGCCCUAUCGGGUCAAGGAAGCUGCGAGUUCCACUACGUAUAUCCUUGAAAGGCUUAAUAGCAAGGAUGUCUUAGGGAGGUAUCACGUCUCUCAGCUGACCCCAUUCGUAGGUGACAUUCCGCCAGAACCCGUAAAUGAGAAGCGCAAGCGCGGGCGACCCAAGCGCUUUCUCGACUGA